GGCUUGAAGACGCCACCAAUCAACAAAACAGAGCAUCUUCCCCCGCCGCCUUCUCCUCUUCAACCUCCUCUGCCUUCCACUCUCAUCUACCCUCCAAAAAGCAUGGUCGGAACUAAAAUCACUAUCAAGUUCCUCUGUAGUUACGGCGGAAAAAUCGUCCCUCGUUACCCUGACGGCAAACUCCGUUAUUACGGCGGUGAAACCCGUGUCCUCGCUGUCGAUCGCUCCAUUCCCUUCUCUGAGCUGUUGGUGAAGAUGGGAGAGAUGUAUGGGUCAGCGGUGAGCCUACGUUGCCAAUUGCCUACAGAGGAUUUAGACGCGCUGGUUUCGAUCACUUCCGAUGAGGAUCUCGCGAAUCUCAUCGAGGAAUACGAUCGGGUAGCGUCGCCACCCUCUUCUAUAAAGAUCAGAGCUUUUCUUUCGCCUCCGAGAUCCACCAAAAAAGAUGCUUCUCCGCCUUCGUCAUCGGCUUCGUCUUCAAAGUCGUCAUCUACAUCCACUCCUAGAUACUCCUGCAUACGCCAGAUCUCGAGGACUCCCGUUGCCUAUCCUCUUUGCUCGGAAAAAUCUGCGGGGAAGAUGAUCCCUUACUAUGGUUACCAUGGUCACCAUGGCAACCCUAGCCAUAUUUACCUUAUUCACAGCGGGAAUUACUGGCAAUAGCAGAAGUCCGAAACAAACGAAGGAUCAUAUAGUUUAUUAAUCCGUUAUGGUCCUCGGCGAAGAACAAGUAAAGAACAAUACUACCCACAGAAAAAAAAAAAAGAAAAAAAACCUUAGCUUUAUGAUUAUGUAUUUGAAACUGUAAAUCCUUAAAGGAGAACUGCUUUUGAUGAAUGAGUGGCCAUUAAUUAAUUUUCAACUCCUUCGUUUUGGAUCUUUUCAAAAAAAAAAACCCCCAAAUUUUUUCUCCAUUCGUGGAUUGUUUGCUGGUCCAAUUCCUUUUCACAACUUUUUACAGCUUCCCCCAAUACUCCGUUCCGUUCAAUUUCCAUUUGCACGCAAUCAUUAAAACAAUAGAUUUUUUUUUUCUAAUAUCAGGUUCCAGAAUUUUCGUCCCAUCUUCUUUAUAUCCUCAACCCUAUUUAAUUUAACACGUGUGCCCCACACGCUUUCGCCGGCAUUAUCUUCGUCCGUUUUCCUUUCGUAUUUUUCGUGUCUACAUUUUUUCUUCUUCUUCUUCUAAUGUUCUUUUUUCUCUUUGUCGUCACUUUUCUUUUAUAUAUCAUAUAUAAUAUAUUGAGUGCUUUAUCCUUUUGAUUACGUAUGAUGGAGUUUUAUUUUCGGUUUUGUGAUAUUGCAGGUUAAUGAAGAUGCUAACUGGGGCGAUCUUUGAAAGAUCUGAGUUAGCAAUGGGUGGAAGGUAAGUUGGUUUUACUUGAUUCUUUUUUACCUAAUAUCGAUUAGGGGCAAUACAUGAAUAACAUUAAGUCCAGUGAUUUCUUAGUUUUGAGGUGAUUGGCAGCUUUGAGUGGAAGAAUCGGGAUGUUCUGAAGAAACGGUGCUUUGGGUUUUCAUUUGAAGAUAAUUUUGUUGAUGAUGGUGCUAAGCAAUGGGCCAUAGUUAACUCCUGAUCAGUGAUUUUUUGUUUGUUUGUUUGUUCAUUUUUGAGCCAGAUUGGAUCAUCUCUUUACUUGCAAAUUGGCAACAAGAAGCACCGAAGCAAUGGUGGUUUCCGAUAUCAAACAAAAUUCCAAGUAGCAAUUGCAAUAAAUUGUGGAAGCAUAGGAGGGACCAUUGGAAGAAUCAGAUGAAUGGAGUCAUGACUGGAAUUUAUUGAACACCAGGCAAUGGACAAAACACGCCCCCCCUUGACAGCUGGUAUUUUAACCGAUGAAGAAGAUGCACUCAAAAGGAUCUAAAUAUAGUAGUGGGACACAAUAAUUUCCUUGGAAUAAAGCUAAAAUAUAUUCACAACAGAAACAGAAUAAAGAGUUCCCUUCAAUCCAAGACACAAAUUGAACAAGUACAAUAUAGGAGAGAGGACUGUAGAUAUUGGAUUAAAUUUUAAAAAAAAGUCUCCAACUCCAACUCCAGCUGAGCUGAGUUUUAAUUAAUUAAAAGAAGUGAGAGGUUGUGACUUCUGAUUCAAAGGAAGGGUCGCCAGUGCCCCAUACAAUCUUGCAGGGAUAUUGAAGUCGAAAAUGAAAGAGUUUGAUGAUUCUAUGUUAUCAUCUGUUGGGGAUAAAGAUAAAAGUGGUUUUAAGGUUAUCCCUACCAUGUGCCCAUCUUUUCUUUUUCUCCUCCUAACAUGAGUACUAAUUAUAUGAUUGAUUUCCUUUUUACUCACAUCAAACAAGCCAUACUACAGAGGAUGCUAAUGGAGAAAGCAUGAAUUUGGGAAGUCUAUUUUGGACAAGGAGCGGAGUGGUUCAUUAUUAAAAAAAGAGAAUGGUGUAGCCAUCAUGGAUCCCACAUGCGUCUAAUCUUCCACUUGAAAGCUAUGACCGGCUCUGAUAUUAGCGACGUUAAAGCCUUUGAUUGUUGAUAAUGGACCAAGAGGCCAGGGUGUGUAUGGCUGGCUGGCUGACUCAAAUCCUCAAAAUACUCAUCACGCUUCUGUCUUCUGUGGGAUUUAUACACAACUUAUAUAUAAUUUUGUGUAUAAUUAGUAUUUUAAUAAUUUCACCCUUAUAUUUUAUGUUCAAUAAUGUAUACCAAAUUUUGAGUCAAUUAAAAUUGUAUAAUAAAAUAUUUUAAUGUGAUGAAA